GAAGCAGGGCUUAAGAAUGGAGAUGUAUGAAACUCUUGGAAAAGUGGGAGAAGGAAGUUAUGGAACAGUCAUGAAGUGUAAACAUAAGGAUACCGGGCAGGUAGUGGCCAUUAAGAUAUUUUAUGAGACACCAGAAAAAUCUGUCAACAAAAUUGCAACGAGAGAAAUAAAGUUUCUAAAGCAAUUCCAUCAUGAAAACCUGGUCAAUCUGAUUGAAGUUUUUAGACAGAAAAAGAAAAUUCAUUUGGUAUUUGAAUUUAUUGACCACACAGUAUUAGAUGAAUUACAACAUUAUUGUCAUGGACUAGAGAGUAAACGACUUAGAAAAUACCUCUUCCAAAUCAUUCGAGCAAUUGAAUAUCUUCACAAUAAUAAUAUCAUUCAUCGAGAUAUAAAACCUGAGAAUAUUUUAGUAUCCCAGACAGGAAUUAUUAAACUCUGUGAUUUCGGAUUUGCACGAAUGCUAGCAGCUCCUGGGGAUAUUUAUACAGACUAUGUGGCCACACGCUGGUAUAGAGCUCCAGAAUUAGUAUUAAAAGAUACCUCUUACGGAAAACCUGUGGAUAUCUGGGCUUUGGGCUGUAUGAUCAUCGAGAUGGCCACUGGAAAUCCCUUUCUUCCUAGCAGCUCUGAUUUGGAUUUACUUCAUAAAAUUGUUUUAAAAGUAGGCAAUUUGACACCUCACUUGCAGAAUUUCUUUUCCAAGAGUCCUAUUUUUGCAGGGGUGGUCCUUCCUCAAGUUCAACACCCCAAGAAUGCAAGAAAAAAAUACCCAAAGCUAAAUGGAUUGUUAGCAGAUAUAGUUCAUGCUUGUUUACAAAUUGCUCCUGCUGAGAGAAUAUCAUCUGCUGAUCUUUUGCAUCAUGAGUAUUUUACUAGAGAUGGAUUUAUUGAAAAAUUCGUACCAGAACUAAGAGCUAAAUUACUACAGGAAGCAAAAGUCAAUUCAUUCAUAAAGUCAAAGGAGAAUUCUAAAGAAAAUGAACUUAUGAAAGAUGAAAGAAAAACAAUGCAUACUGAUACACUUCUACGAACUUCAGUUUUGGGAAAGGAAAUGGAAAAAGAGAAAAAGCCCAAGGAAAUAAAAAACAGAGUUAUUAAAGUCAAAGGAGGAAAAGUAGAUACCUUAGAACCAAAAAAGACAGAGUAUGAAAGUGGACAUGGUCAGUCAGAUGCAAUUGAAAAUGCUCAUACUGUGUCUCAAAAUGUAAAAUCUGUAAUCAAUGAACCACCAAACCCUGCCAAUCCCAGCACUAACUCUACUGGCAUGAAAGACAAUCCACAUGCUGGAGGUAAUAUGAUGAUGCCACCCAUCAACCUAACUAGCAGUAACUUGAUGGCUUCCAAUCUCAAUUCAAAUCGCUCCCACUCCAAUUCAAGGUUAACUGAAAGAGCAAAAAAGAGACAUACUUCCUCACAAUCUAUUGGACACGCCAUGACUAAUAACAGGCAAGAGGAUACAGGUCCCACUCAAAACCAAAUGGAAAAAGGUGUAUUCAGUGAGCGGACAAGUCACAGUGACCAUAUGGCAAGUGGAAAUAAAAGGAAGCUGAAUUUCUCCAGACCUGACAGGAGAGAAUUCCAUUUCCCAAAACUGCCUUUCAUAAUACAAUCAAGUGAGACGAAAAGAACGGAAGUUAAACAGAUAAAAGUGCCAAAGAAGGAAUCAAAGAAAACAGAGUCAUCUAAAAUACCAACUUUACUUAAUAUGGACCAAAAUCAAGAAAAACAAGAGAAUGCAGGAAAUGCACAAACUGAAAGGAAGAAGAACCUCCCAGAUGCAGAAUAGAAAAGGCAGCAGCUGAAAAUUCAGGGAAUCCCAGAAUCACUGGUGGAGAUGGCCAUUGUUCGGAGAAAAAUUUCAAGAGGAGCAGAUUUUUUUGGGUAGCGUCUUUUAAAUCUUAAAAUACAAAUUGGCAAGUCUUCCCUUUUUAUUUUAUAUACAGUAGAAAUGUAACGAGCUGUAAGUAGGCCAUUCAUCUGCAUUAGCAUCAUUCCACUUCAUUUUGUUAGCAAACCAUUCACUGUUUUCAUCUUUCUUCUAAGAAUUCUGUUGAUGUGAUGCUCUGAUUUGAAAUUAAAGUCAUCUGUCUU